AUGUUUUCAGCUAUUCCUUUUGCAAAGUCAUUAUAUGAGACUUUGUCUCAAGCUCUCACAGGAAGAGAUGAGGUGUGUAACCAUGACUUUGUGCUAUCAAUUCAGCUGUAGAAUACACCUCUUUAGGAGUAGAUUGGACAUACUUUGUACUAGUCAAUUAUUUUUCCUUGAGUAUUGUUUAACCCCAAAAAUUGACCUGCCCUGGUACAUCUUAUUUCUCCUUACAACUUCACCUCAGAUUCAAGCAUUUGGGUUAAAAGAAGAAAGGAAAUGAUCCUCAAGCUCUUGACUGUUAAAUAUAUUCUCCUUGCAAGCAUCAUAGGGAGUGUAUGGCAGAUAGUUUCAAGAGUAUGCAUACUGAUGUUAAAAUAUAGAGGGUUAAUUCUUGCUGCCAGCACUCAAUUUUCAGGUCAUUUAGAAGCAGCUGGGAAUCCCCUGAGAUGUUUCAGGUCACUGAUAAAUAGAACCAAACAAUUAAGUUAGAUGUUAUUGAAAGACAAUUAUCAGUGGCUUUCAGUGUAGAACAUCCAAUCUUAAAUAAUAAUCAAAAAGUCAAAUUACAAAUUAAACUUUUGUCAAUUUGUUUCAUUCAUCACAGGUGUUAGAGGUUUUGGGUGCAUUUGACCUGUCCAAUGAAUCGCUACAGGAAAUCAUGAGUCUUCUUAUUGGUGACUUUCAAAAAGGGCUCUCUGUUGAUGAAAGUGAGCGAGCAGAAAGCCCAAUUAAAAUGCUUCCUACAUAUGUAAGGGCCAUUCCUGAUGGCUCCGAAGAAGGAGACUUUCUAGCCUUGGAUCUAGGUGGAACAAACUUCAGAGUUCUUAAGAUUUCACUUGAAGAUGGCAAAGUCAAUAUGGAAAGUGAAAUAUAUCCUUUGGCCCAAAAUCUGAUGACCAGUGAUGCAAAUACUCUGUUUGACUACAUUGCUGGCUGUAUAUUACUUUUUGUGAAGAAAAACAAAAUAAGUGAAAAGUCGCUGCCAUUGGGGUUCACAUUUUCAUUUCCUGUAAAGCAGUUAUCACUGACAUCUGGCCUGUUGAUAAGAUGGACAAAGGGUUUCAGUGUUGAUGGAGUGGAGAAUGAAGAUGUUGUCAAAUUGCUGCAUGAAGCACUUAUAAGGAAUGGAGUGGUAAGUUUUAUAGCUAUAAUUCUAAGUUAGGGCCUUUCCGCACUAGCAAACAAACUAGAAUUAUCCCAACAAAAUCAAAGGACAAUUUUUGUUUUGUCUGUUGCAUUUGUAUUAAAAAUUUGAAAGCCAUGAAAUUCUGUCAGCACCUGAUCUGUUCGUAAGACCAGCCAGCUUAGUUGCCAAAGGGAUUUAUUCUAUGUCAUUGUAAAUUUUAGAAUCCCCAAGUUUUGCAGCAAAAGACAAUUUUUCCCUUUCCAGUAAACUGAUUUCAGUUCAAUUACAUGCUUGUCAUAGCUUAUGUGAUAAAUGAUUGACAAGCUUAUCAGAGUUUGUUUAUUUAGUUGAUUUUGCCAAAUUUUUACCCUGGGCAAAUUUUGUUGCUGGUGCAUUUGAAGAUUUGUCCACUACACUCAAAAUUUUUUAAGCCGGGGCAAACCAUCCACAUUUGUAAAAUGUUGGUGAUGACUGAAAACUUGUCUAAAUAAACAACUUUGUUGCUAGUAUGGAAAGGCCCUUAAAUUAAUUUCUAGAGAAUUAAUUAAUGGAAUUAUUAUUGUAGUGCAUUAGGCAAAUUUUGAUUGUGAUGAGAAAGCUCCUUAAAAUUUCGGGAUUUGGAAAUACAACAUUGUGAUUUUGGUACAAUGCUCAAACCAUCUGAGUUGUAAAGCCACCAAUGUGAGGCUAAGCAAGACAUCUGAAGACUUUUAUAUUCUUACAAGUUUAAUAAUAUUACAGUCCAACCUCAAUUAUCCGGACCUUGAUUAUCUGUGUUUUUUUUUUAUUUUCUGGAGUUACAUCUAUGGUGCCAUCAAUUUAAAUGUAGUAAUAACUCACAUUCAAGAAUUGCAACACCUUUUUUUCCAUCAAACAAAACACAUGCACUCAAACUCCCACUGAGACUGAAUUUGUUCCACUUUCCAAAGCUGUUGAAUUAACAAUGGAUGGGAAGACUAAACAUUUUUGAUGCUGUUAAGUUCAUGCACCCCCAAAGAAUGAUAAAGUUAGUGAUGCACACACUCUAUAGCAGCUUGAAAGAUAUGUUUGAUAAAAAAUUCAUAUGUUUGAUUAAUUUGACUAUCAAUUAUCCAGACUUUUCAGACCAGUCCCCAUGAGUCUGGAUAAGCAAGGCUUGACUGUACCAACAAAUCAGCUGAGAGCUCCUUUUUACAUGUAACUGCACACCUUUCUGCUCUCAAAAACUUUUAAGGGAACGGAAGGUCAAGAUUGCAGACAGCUUUUAAUGUUUUUUAAAUUUUAUUUUUAAAUAGGAUUUUUUUAUUUUUAAAUUGUGCUGUUUUGUAGAGUGCUAGUGUGGAUGUUGUGGCCCUCGUCAAUGACACCACAGGUACAAUGAUGUCCUGUGCAUUUGAGAAUCCAUCAGUCAGUGCCGGGUUAAUCUUGGGCACUGGAACCAAUGCUUGCUACAUGGAGAACCUUGAUAAUGUUCCUAAGUGGGACGGAGAUAGAGAUGAACCACGACAGGUGAUUAUUAACACAGAAUGGGGUGCAUUUGGUGAUAAUGGAAGCUGGAAUCACCUCCGAACAAAGUACGAUGAACAGGUUGACAAGGAUUCCCUGAAUCCUGGAAUGCAAUUGUAAGUGAAAUCUGAAUUGUUGAACCAGGUGAGCCAAUCACCACGAGUAAAUGAUUUGAAAAGAUAUUGAUAAAUCAGGAAAUAAUUUGUAUUAUGAUUUGACCCAUAAGGCCCUGCAUCGUAUCGUAGUGAAAGCUUACAUGUGUACGGUUGGAUGUUUCAAUAAAGUCAGUCAGGAGAAAGCUGUCCAGCCGUCCAGCCGUCCAGCCGUCCAGCCGUCCAGCCGUGCACUCGAACGAUAGUAGCAUUUUCUAAGUGCAUAUUAAAUAGAACUUGUGAAAUUCAACUUGGCAUAAAACAGAUGUGAAAAGAAGUCAUAUAUCUUAAUGAAUUACAAGUUUCUUGUUUGGUGGGGCCAAAUGGGGAAAUAUUUGGCUCUUGUUCAAGAUGCAUAGACCUUGUGCUACUCUCCCCCUCAGUGGAUAAGUACAUAUUAUCGUAAAUGAUUGAUGUCCCAUUGAGUGACCAUGCAUUGUUCUGGACAUAGAGGUCCUGUCCUAUAUAACGGCAGUGUUAUAUAGAAUACUUUCAUUGUAAUUGGGGUUUUUUAAAGUAGGAUUGCAUUGCACAGUCCUAUGAUUGUCUGGAAAUAUUUUUGAUAGCUUGUAGUGAAUUCUCUUUAUUUAAAUUUCCCAUCAGAUUUGAGAAGAUGAUUUCUGGAAUGUAUCUGGGUGAACUUUGCCGAAUUGUUUGCAUGGACUUGGCUGACAAGAAACUGCUGUUCAAAGGACAAGCCAGUGACAAAUUCAAGACCAAAAACAGCUUCCUUACCAAGUUUGUGUCUGAUGUUGAAAGGUAAACACAGAAAAUAUGUGACAGAUGAAGUGUACCAAAUAUAAUGUUAUCAUGCUAUUGUAAGGGCACAACUUGGGGAGAUCCUGAGGUGCCUGUGACACCUUCCUACCCUCCCCCCCCCCCACACCUUUUUUUUUUUUUUUUUUUUUUUUUUUAAGUAAAACACAGCAUGGAAGUCAACAUGACAACCUGAUGAAAACACAGUAUGACACCCGCCCCAACUGAUAAAUCCUGGUUACAUCCCUGUAUUUUCUGUUUUUCAGUGUGACUUGGAUAGGUGAUUGGGGGGGGGGGGUUUAAGCCACUUGCACUUUUUGAUCAAGAUUUCAGGCAGUUAUUCAGAAAGACCUCAGUAGUUUCCUAUGUGGCCAAAGGAGUGAUCCUCGUUAUUUAUCAAUUUUUUUUGACAGUCAUCAAAGGCACAAGAUAGAUGAGGUACUGAAAGAAAUGGGAGUGGAGAAACAAACUUCAGAGUCAGAUAUUGAGGUUUUGCAGCGAGUUUGUGCUGCAGUCUCUAUAAGAGCCGCGAGAUUGGCUGCAGCAGGGAUUGCUUCAAUUGCCAAGGUGUGUAUUGUAAAUUUGUAAUUCUCCAUCUUUUUUUUCUCUAUUAGUGGAGCUUGCAGAGCGUAGCCCCAUAAUUAUACAAAAUAGUAGUAACCCAUCAAGCCGAAAAAAUUUGAAUGUACGACUGUACAACUGUACGACCAUACAAGGUGCUACUUUUGCACUCCAGAGAGUCUAUGAGGCUCAGUGGUAGAGCAUUGGAGCACACAAUCUGAAGGUGGCAUUCAUGGCAUUGUUUAAUUCUGACUGAUUUUAUCUUGUUUUUAUGUACAGAAAACAGGAAACUACACGACUACAAUUGCUGUCGAUGGAAGCCUCUUUAAAAAACACCCACAGUUCAAACGUUACAUGCAAGAGACUCUGUCUGAAAUUUUGCCACAAAGCAACAUCACCUUGAUGCUAUCUGAAGAUGGUUCAGGCAAAGGAGCAGCUCUCAUAGCUGCAGUUGCAUCAAAAUCAAAAAAACACUGAGCCUUUCAUCAGCUGAGUGGCAUUAAUAAUUAUUUAAUAUUUCUAUUGCAAUAAUCAAAUUUUGCCAUAGAAUAGCUAGUAACAAGGACCUUAAAUCUAGAACAACACUACGACAAGUAUUUGGUGAGACAAAAGUUUCAUGAACAGACAAAAGCUCUUUCAAACCCAGGUUGUUCUAGUUCAAAUUUAUCCUUGGUUUAAAUUCAAGUCAACUUAUUUUCAAGUUGUGUUAUUGAAUGUUAAAUAAAUGAGUGUUAAAAAAAGACUUUGAACCAUGGAUGAAAUUGAACAAUAACAAGUACAAUAUAAUCGAGGCAGAUGUUUUUUUUUUUUUUUUUUUUUUUUUUUUUUGCAAUCAUUGCCUUACUAAUUUGCACACACAAAAACAUAUUUUGGAAUUAUUUUUUAAUUUUUUUUUUUAGAGGUAUUUACUGUUUUUUUUAAUUCUGACAAGGUGAACACUGACUGCAAAUUUCUUUUGUGCACUUGAUAACAGUGAUUACAGUAGUUGCUGGUUAAAGGAAUUCCAGUUCAUCUUGUAUUUAAUUUUCCAUUUUGGCCCAGGAAAUUAGAAAUCAGGAAAUGGAAUGUUAGCUCCAGAUAGAAGGUUUUUUGGAUUGGUUGUUUUUUCCUUUGUCAGAAGAACUGAUCUGGGAAGUGUUAGGACAGUAAAUUCUGAGCUUAAUUGUGUUAGUAUCACUGAGUAGGGUCAAAGUAAAGAGGAAACAUGCAUCUUGCCUCCAAUAAUAUUUUCUACUUUAGAAAGAGAAACCAUUCAGUCACCACUAAAAAUUAGCAAUGAGACGCGUGAAACUUCUAUUUUUAACCUUUUAACUCCCAUGAGUGACCAAGACAGAAUUUUUCCUUACAAUAUCAAAACAAUAUCAAGCAUACAAGUUAUGAGAAUAAAGAAAAAUAUCAGUUUGGAGAUUAUAAGAUGAUCCAAUACUAAAUCCUCCAAACUAACAUCACAAGAACUGUAUGGGAGAUAGUAAGCAGAAUUACUAAUGAGAUGGUGGGAGUUAAAGGGUUAUUGUGAAUAGAUUGGUAGGUUUGUCUUCCAUAACUAGUGUGAUAGACUUGCUUUGACUUUGAAUUGUUUUUGUGGUUGAUAUGAUUUUCUUUGUUUGUUUGUUUGCUAACAUAAGUCAUUGGAAGAGAGCUUAUUUCUUUCUAGUUUGACUUGUACAGGAAACAUGUUUUGUAUCUUAGUCAGAGGAAUUGACCAGGCAGGGGAAAUCUUCUAGACAGUAGGGUUUGAUCUGAGGAGUGUUUUAUGUUUUUGUUGCGUAGUGAUUUAGUUAGAAGCUGUGAGAAAAAAGAGGUCAGUCAUGUUACAGUCACUCUCCUUUUUGUUAAACCUUUUGCUCCUAAUAUCUCAUUUUUAAAAUUCUCCUUACUGUCUGCCAUUCAUUUGUUAUGAUCAACUAGCGAUCCCCUGAUUGAUAUUUUUCUUUAUUCUCAUCACUCGUCUGCUUGAAAUUGUAUUGAUAUUCUAAGCUGAAAUUCUGCCUCGGCCACUUGUGGGAGUUUAUGGGUUAGACAAUUUUCGUCAUCAAAAAGUGUAAAUAAUGAAAACUAAAUAGUUGGUCUCAUCUUUGUUUAGCAAUUAUUACAUAGUAGUUUGAUAAGUUUUUCUUUGGUUUAUUUGUUUUUUGUUUGACUUCAAGAUACUCGUAGGUGACAUUAUCAUUCACUAUUCGUUCUUAAUACUUAAAACUGCAUCUGCAGAACAACGCCCCCUUAAGAUAUACCCAAAAGACUGCAAUAUUUAUCAAAACUGCUGGAGUUUUGUACAGCACAGAAUGAACCUGGUGUACAUUUUUAAGAAAUAAACGUGGUUUGAAAAAAACAAUUCGAAAGUGUCGUUUUUUGCCGUUGCUAUUGUUUUGUGUUUUUACGUUAGAUGCCACAGGCAGACCACGUUUAAAAUUACAGUCGAAUUAUUUCGUAUGGUAAUUAGCCACGUGCUUGUGCUUCUCACGGAAGUUAAGCGCUUUGGCCAGGGUUAAUACUUGGAUGGGUGACCGCACAUAAUACUCCAUGUUGUUGAGUUUUCUUCUCUUGUCGUCAUUCGAUUUAAUUCCAGUUCUAAGGGAAGCUUGCGUGACGGGUCUGCUUAAGAGGCUGGCACUAAGUCAGUAUUGAUUCAUCAUUUUCCACAUAUAUCCAGAGUGAGUGUAGGGAACGACCAACGCCUCCUAGCGUCUUGUUUCAAAAAAACAAAGAGGAUUAGAAACAUUUAAAAUAAAGAUGACAGAUAAAAAUUAAUCGGACGUAGUUUGGCUUACUUGAAUUCGUCGAAACGUCGUUUGAAAUAACUAUCAUCGCUAAUUUUUGUUUCAUUUCUCAUGUCAAUUGUUUCGUCUGGCUGUAGAAUCCCGGUCAGCUGUGUGAGUAUCUGGAAAAACCCACCCUAUGUUCUUAAUUUCUAUCUAAUCGUCACGCCAUAGUGGUAGCCUAUGUGAUUUUACCAUUGUGAAGUGAUUUAAAGCUCCUAAAACCCCCUCCUUUCCCCUCCCCACUCCUGCCCUCACCCACUUUAAGAUUGAUAACGAGGUCACUACUUACUUCCGUCACAUCGAUAACUUUCUUUCGGUUUUACUUCAGCUAACGAAGGUUAAAUUUUUGUUGCACAAAUUGUAUAGACGAUCGAGUUUCCAACGAAGCUUUGGAGGAGCAAUGUUACUUUAACUAAUACAUAUUCAUGCGUUUUUAAAGUUAUCAAGUAAGUUCAUUAACUUACAUUUGCCAAAACGCACUACCUCUAUCUGGUCCAAAGUCGACGACAGCAGAACAGCUCGGGGCACGGCAGUUCCUAUAUAUUUUUUUUUUUAUUAUUUCCUUUUCUUUCCUUUUUUCUUUAAUCUACUAAUAUUCCGAAUUCUUCAAUUUCUGAAGGCUUCACUUUUAAUUUUUAAAAUAUUCAAAUGCCUUUUUUGCAGAUUUAAAGAGUCUCGCAGAAUCUGUGAAAGUUGAGAACAUGUUUGCAGCCACAUCUUUCGCACAAUUAGUCUGUGAAUCUCUGACGAGGGCUUUCACGAAAAGAGACGAGGUAAUAGGAAAGCUUGCUGAUUUUGCAGUUCUUUUUUCAUAUGUACAGAACACCGGUCUAAACCAAUUUCAGCAUUAAAAAGGGCGAUCAGUAAACUGAAGGGGGAAUAUCUUUUGGAUAGGUUUGUGCUACCUUGUUCUAAAAUUUGGUCCCUGUUCAGACAGAACCUGCUCUCUAAAUUAUUACCCUGUUAUAGAAAUAUGUCAGUUGUGAAUGAAACGACCACAAAAAAUUGGCAGGCGGUAGCUCACAGUUUGAAGCGUUUGUGUGUUCCCAAAAUAAUAACCCAAAUGUCUCUAAAAACGGAUUCUCCAUUCUAGAAAAGGAGUCCCAUGGGCUGGCUUGUGCUUGUGUAGGAUUUUUGUUUGCGGGAGUGAAAAACUUAACAGAAGUCAUCAUCAGAGUAGGCUAAGCCUGUUGAAACGCUGGUCACUACGAACAACAGCCCUUCUCAGGACUUCUCUCACUGAGGCGAACAGACUACACAAACAGUUAAAAUUAAUUUGAGACUGAGUACACCUCCUUAAUUAAUCUAAACGGUUUUAAUGUAACUUACCAGCUUCAAGGUGUGUUUACAGAACUAACUUGCGCUGUUUUUUUUUUACGCAGGUAUCAGAUGUUUUAGGGGCGUUUGACUUGUCGAGGGAAGCCAUCCUGGAAAUCACCAAUAGUCUGUGGAAAGACUUUGAUAGAGGCCUCUCUGCAGAUGAAAACGAACGAGCGAAGAGCCCGGUCAAAAUGCUUCCAACUUAUGUGAGGAAGAUACCUGAUGGUUCAGAAUCUGGCAACUUCCUUGCAGUGGAUCUUGGUGGAACAAAGUUCAGGGUGCUAUCAAUCUCCAUACAAAAUGGCGAAAUUAAAGACCAAAUUGAAUUCCCGCCUCUUGACCAGACAAUAAAAACUAGUGAUGCUGAAACGUUUUUCAAUUACAUCGCUCACCAUAUUUCUCUCUUUGUCAAGAAACACGAGCUAAAUGAUCAAUUGCUGCCUCUUGGGUUUACAUUUUCUUUUCCAGUGAAGCAAUCAUCACUCUCGUCAGGGUUUUUGAUUCGAUGGACAAAGGGAUUUACUGCUUCUGGGGUAGUAAAUGAAGAUGUUGUCAAACUACUUAAGGAGGCACUUGGAAGAGAGGGGAUGGUGAGUUUAUUAAUUUGGAGAAUAUGAAAACUACUUUGACUUGUCUAGUGAUCAUGGAACUUUUCGACAUGGAUGGAUAUAUUUCACACAUUUUCAGUUCUUCAUGGGGUUUCAACUAGUCAUAUACAGAAUUUAGUGAGAGGAAAAAAAAUAGGGAAGGAAUGUUAAGGACUCUAGGAGAACAGCAUGAAUUUAACAUGGUUUUGAACAAUAAGUAAAGAAAAAUUAUAAUCUCUGUUAUUCCACAGGGUUCUAAUGUAGAAGUGUUAGCCAUUAUUAAUGACACCACAGGUACAAUGAUGUCCUGUGCAUUUAAAAAUCCAUCAGUCAGCGCUGGGUUAAUCUUAGGAACUGGAACCAAUGCUUGCUACAUGGAGCACCUUGAUAAUGUCCCUAAAUGGGACGGAGAUAGAGAUGAACCACAACAGGUGAUUAUUAACACAGAAUGGGGUGCAUUUGGUGAUAAUGGAAGCUUGAAUCACCUGCGGACAAAGUAUGAUGAACAGGUUGACAAGAAUUCCCUGAAUCCUGGAAUGCAAUUGUAAGUGAAAUCCAAGUUGUUGCUUUUUGGUGAAAAAAUGGCUCCUUAAAUCAUCUUCUCACAGAGUAUGAUAAAAACUCACUGGAGAAUCCAGUAACUCUCAUAAACAGCUGUAAGUUAUUUGUGCAUAUAAUGAAAAAUGCAUCUUAAUCCUUAAGGGGGGAGGACAGGGUACUUUCUAGUAAUUUGGUCAUGGGGAUUUGCUGUUAAAUGGGGUUACAUUUUCACAACUAAAUUGACUUUAAUGGGGUUGCAUUUUCAAGUUACUAGAAUAGGGUUGCACAUUUUUGCUUGGGGUAAGAAAUUCUGAUAAGCUGGGAUUUGAAAAUGGGAUGGUUUGCAGAUAAAAAGUUGUUACUCUACUACCAAAAGUGAUUUAAAGGGGUCUAUAAUCGGCCUCAGAAUUGACUAUAAAGGGAUCAGGGAUCAGGGUUCUAAGAAACCUAGGGCAUAAACCCAGCAAACACUGACCCAAGUAUGCCUCCCCCCCCCCCCCAAUCCAUUGUGCUCCAUGUUGGAAAUCUGUGCAAUUUUUCCUUCUCUUUCAGAUUUGAGAAGAUUAUUUCUGGAAUGUACCUAGGUGAACUUGUCCGCAUUGUUUGCAUGGACUUGGUGGACAAAAAACUGCUGUUCAAGGGACAAGUCAGUGAAAAAUUCAGGACUAAAGACAGCUUCCCUGCUGAGUUUGUGUCUUGGGUUGAAAGGUAUUUGACUAGGGGACCUGUCAUUAUUUAUUACUGGCCCCCCCUUCCCCCCCCAUAGAUAUGAAUCAUGAUUGGUCCCCAGGAGCAGAGCAAACAAUUAGAGCACUGUAAUCGUCAUAAAUAAAUGCUUAAUCAUAUUCCUCAGGACAAAUGAAAAACAAUUAUAUAUCUUUCUCUAACAGUGGGGAAAAGCACCAGAUAGAUGAGGUUCUAAGAGAUAUGAAAAUGGACAACGAACAAGCAACAGGAUCUGAUAUUGAGAUUUUGCAGCGAGUAUGUGCUGCAGUUUCCAUAAGAGCUGCCAGACUGGCUGCAGCAGGGGUUGCUACAAUUGUCAAGGUGUGUAUAGUAUAAUUGUAAGAAAUGUCAUUUUCCUUCUUGGCUUUUGGAAUGAAAAUUACAGUUAUAAAUUCAAAUUUUAGUAGAUUUUUAGUUUAAUCUUUUUCAGUCCAAGAUUUUUGGCUCCCUCUUUAAUCAGCUACUAUAAUUUCAUUCCUCCUGAGUAAUUAAUGUGAAACUCAAAAGACCAUAAGCACUGGAGAUAGUUUUGAAAUGUCAGUUUGUUGAGAAGGCAAAACCAAUUAGAAGUGAGAUUCUAACAGAAACAGCACUUUAGGCAUGAGGGUUUCUGUUCAUCCUGAUACUCAUUUUGAUUUCUGUUUUUGUUAUGACAUUCUUACAUUUUAACAGAAUGCUUUGAAUUCAUUAUUUUUGUAAUCAGAAAACAGGGAAGUACACAACUACAAUUGCCGUCGAUGGAAGCCUCUUCAAAAAUCACCCACAAUUCAAACGCUAUAUGCAAGAGACUCUCAGAGAAAUUUUACCCCAAGCUAACAUAACCCUGAUGUUAUCUAGGGAUGGUUCAGGCAGAGGAGCUGCCCUCAUCGCAGCAGUUGCUCAAAGAAUGUAUAGCACUUGA